AUGGAAAUUACUUGGGCUCUUUUCCGUGAUGCAUUUUUGGAAGAAAAAAAUCCGGAAUAUGUGCAUGAAAAGAAAGAGGUGGAAUUUCUGGAAUUGAAGCAAGGAAAUGGAACGGCGGCAGAGUAUGCUGCAAGAUUCCAAGAGUUAAUUAAGUAUUGUCCUCAUUACAAUACUAUGAAUGCAGAGAGUAUGGAGAGUGCUUCUCACUACAAGUCUUCGAAUGAUGGGAAAGGACAAUACCGUGGUAAACCGUAUGAUGAAAAGAAGAAGCAGAAAUCUGGUUAUGGCGGAAAGCCAAGUGGGAGAGGAGCUAGUACUCCGGUUAAGUGCUACAAGUGUGGUGUCGAAGGACAUUGUGCCAAUGAAUGCAACAUGAAUUUUGGGAACUGUUUCAAGUGUGACAAGUCGGAUCACAAAAUUGUGGAUUGUAGAGUUGGUUUGGGUGUGACUUGCUACAACCAGAAGAAGGAUGAUCGGAUCAAUGCUUUGAAAGGUCUCAAGGAGGAGGUGGCUGUUACACAGUAA